AUGCCUCUGCCGGACGAGAAAAGCCUUGAGGAAGAGCGGUUGAAAGCCGAACUGUGGCGCGUUGUCACCGACAUUACAGAUGAAGAGACCGUUAAAUUUGGCAUAAGUACAACUCCUCAGUUUAUCUCGGCCCUGACAGAGCUUGUUUGGAUACAGCUUGAGACAGCGAGUAUCGAUAUUGAAUCAUUUGCCAAACAUGCUGGGCGGUCUAAAGUGAAUAUCUCUGAUGUGAUGAUGCUGGGUCGUCGCAACGAAGGAGUCAAUGCUAUCCUCCGCGCAUAUAUUGAAUCUCGAGAAAACAAUCAAGAGAAAGAAGCCUCUUAA